AUGGCUUCUGAUUCCACUGAACCACCAAAGUACACUUACACUCCGUUUCCACAAACGACAACUGUACAUCCUCUUCGACCUUACCAUGUACCCCAAGAUACCGAUCAUUAUUAUACACCUUUUGGUAAUGCUACUAAUUCAAAAGAAGAUCGAAAUGACGACAUGACAGAUAUAGAUUCUCAAAGUACAUUAAAAGAAUUGGCAAGCUUCGGUUUCGUAAAAUAUCUUAGCGUAGCUAUUUCACAUCCAUUUGAAGUUGCAAAGACUUUAUUACAAGUUCAAUAUUUGCCAAACGAAGAUGUUAUAGAUAUACCGGCGGUCACAGACAAUAUUAAUGGCUCGGAGGAAGAUCCUGAUGAGGAUGAGGACGAUGAAUAUAGUGCUCGAGCAUCACAAUCUCUUGAUCCAAGUUCUCCUGGAUUUCGUAAAACUAAAUCAUCAGAUGGUCAAGGUUAUCUAACUACCAAUAUUUAUGAUGAAUCAACGCGACCAAAAUAUAUGCUGCCUCCAUUGAAAAAUGGUGUAUGGUCAACUUUAGGGACAUUGAGAAAUCAUAAUACAGAGGGAUUUGGUUCACUAUGGAAAGGUCAAUUUGUGAGUUGGCUUUACGAUAUGGGUCAUCUUUUCCUCCAACCUACACUGGAGAGUGCAUUGAACGAUGCUUUCGAUCUGUAUGAUGAUACGAUUCCAUUGGUCUAUUUGGAUCAUGUCGGACCCAACAUUGCCACAUUAGUAACCAGCCAUCUCGUUGUUGGAGUACUUUUAAGUCCUUUAGAAGUUGUGCAAACGAGGCUCAUUGUUCAAACAUCCUCGCCAAUUCAUAAAAAAUAUAGUGGGACAUUUGAUUGUUUACGCAAAAUGAUUAGAGAAGAAGGGUUAUCUUCAUUGUAUUGGUCGCAUAACCUUCUACCAUCAAUUAUCUAUCAUACAAUCUGUCCAUUAUUGGAAUGUACGGUACCAUUGAUUAUAGAUCGUGUAUUUCAUAUUUCUCCAUCCGAUUCUCCAUUUUUAUAUGGACUUGCACAACUUGGACUUGACACACUUCAGUUGCUUAUAACUUUACCUCUUCAAACUAUUCGUAAAAGAUUACAAUGUCAAAUUCGAUCUCGUACUCCGGAAAAAUCAUUUGAAACAAUUGUUCAGACGCGUAAAGCUCCAUAUGUUGGCAUGUUAGACGCGAUUUAUAGAAUAAUUAUCGAGGAAGGUAUCAGUCAAAGAUAUGUACCCAUGCGUGGAAUCUCACAGAAACGACGUAGACAGCGUGGUUUAUUAGAUAGUUAUGGAAUUCGAGGAUUAUAUCAUGGAUUCUACAUUCAUUUCACUACCAAUUUGAUGACAUUUUUAUUUCGAGCUAUGAAUGGCGUUGAAGAUGAAUUUGAAAAAUAUUAA